ACAGAAAAGGAGACAAGAGGGGGUGUGUGUGGAUUGCUUGCUCUCCAAUUCAAUAAUGGGGUGAAUUCUUGUGAAGAUUUGGGUGAAAAUCUGGUCGGAUCUUGCUUUCCAUGCGCUGGUAUUUUGGUUGGCUGGCUUAUAUCUCCUCUCAUUUCGUUCCUCCCUUCCCCCAUAGAGAAUCCUAUCAUCCCACAGAGAGAGAUAGAGAGAGGAAAAAAUAAAAACCAAGCAAACACCAACCCAACCUCUACCUCCUCCUCUGCUUCUACUCUUUCUUCAUCUCUCCCCACCCUCCAUCUAGUAUCAUUCCCUUAUUGGUGCUGUGAUGGGGCGAAGAAAUCAACAACUACCACCACAACAAGAAGCUAUGACAGUUGAGGCAGAGGCUCGGUUCCAUGUUCUGGCUGUGGAUGAUAGCCUUAUUGACAGGAAGCUCAUUGAGAGGCUCCUCAAGACCUCCUCCUACCAAGUUACCACAGUGGAGUCUGGAACCAAGGCUCUGGAAUUGUUGGGGCUCAGGGAGGACCAGGACACCACACCUUCUGUCUCCCUAGAUCAGCAUGAGAUUGAGGUGAAUUUGGUCAUCACAGAUUACUGUAUGCCCGGAAUGACAGGUUAUGAUCUGCUGAAGAAGAUUAAGGGGUCUUCUUCUCUUAAAGAUAUCCCAGUUGUGAUCAUGUCAUCUGAGAACGUUCCUUCCAGGAUCAGCAGGUGCUUGGAAGGAGGAGCAGAGGAGUUCUUUCUGAAACCAGUACAACUCUCAGACAUGAAAAGGCUCAGACUCCAUUUACUAAAAGGGAAGACCAAUUGCAAAGAGGAGCAGCAGCAGCAACAACAACAGGAAGAGAACAAUAACAUUAGUAAUGGUUGCAGCAGUAACAAGAACAGCAACAGCAACAAAAGGAAGGCCAUAGAUGAGGAGCUUUCACCCAAGAGGACAAGACCAAGAUUCUCCAAUGACAGCCUGACAGUGGUUUGAUGUUAAGAAAUCUAAUUAUUGUUUCACCAAGGAUGAGAGACUCUAAAGUUCCUUUUUACCCAUCAUCUGUCCUUUUUCUCUCUUUCUUUUAAUUUUUUGGGUUGGGAAGUCCCUACACAUACACCUAUUCCAUUCCAAUUUUGCUGUGCUUUUAGAGGUACCCAGAUUGAAAAUGUAAAUAAGGGGGAAGGCAGGAUGGGUGGUUGUUCAUGGUUAGGCUGGUAUUUUUGAACUAUAAGUGCUUCAGUUAUAGAUUCCAAUGACUGAUGUUUUGUAUAGCUAAUUCGAUGGAAGUCAUUACUUUGGA